CACCACCACCACCACCUCAGCCCCCACCCGCCGGGGGCCGUGGACAAGAAGAUGGUGGAGAAGUGCUGGAAGCUCAUGGACAAGGUGGUGCGGUUAUGUCAGAACCCAAAGCUGGCGCUAAAGAAUAGCCCACCUUAUAUCUUAGACCUGCUGCCAGAUACCUACCAGCAUCUCCGUACUAUCUUGUCAAGAUAUGAGGGGAAGAUGGAGACACUUGGAGAAAAUGAGUAUUUUAGGGUGUUCAUGGAGAAUUUGAUGAAGAAAACUAAGCAAACCAUAAGCCUCUUCAAGGAGGGGAAAGAAAGAAUGUAUGAGGAGAAUUCUCAGCCUAGGCGAAACCUAACCAAACUGUCCCUGAUCUUUAGCCAUAUGCUGGCAGAACUAAAAGGAAUCUUUCCAAGUGGACUCUUUCAAGGAGAUACAUUUCGGAUUACCAAAGCAGAUGCUGCGGAAUUUUGGAGAAAAGCUUUUGGGGAAAAGACAAUAGUCCCUUGGAAGAGCUUUCGACAGGCCCUGCAUGAAGUACAUCCCAUAAGUUCUGGGCUGGAGGCCAUGGCUCUGAAAUCCACUAUUGAUCUGACCUGCAAUGAUUAUAUUUCAGUUUUUGAAUUUGACAUCUUUACACGCCUCUUUCAGCCCUGGUCCUCUUUGCUCAGGAACUGGAACAGCCUUGCUGUAACUCAUCCUGGUUACAUGGCUUUUCUGACAUAUGACGAAGUGAAAGCUCGGCUUCAGAAAUUCAUUCACAAACCUGGCAGUUACAUCUUCCGGCUGAGCUGUACUCGUCUGGGUCAGUGGGCUAUCGGGUAUGUCACUGCUGAUGGAAACAUUCUCCAGACAAUCCCUCACAAUAAACCUCUCUUCCAAGCACUGAUUGAUGGCUUCAGGGAAGGCUUCUAUUUGUUUCCUGAUGGACGAAAUCAGAACCCUGAUCUGACAGGCUUAUGUGAACCAACUCCCCAAGACCACAUCAAAGUGACCCAGGAACAAUAUGAAUUAUACUGUGAGAUGGGCUCUACGUUCCAACUAUGUAAAAUAUGUGCUGAAAAUGAUAAGGAUGUAAAGAUCGAACCUUGUGGACACCUCAUGUGCACAUCCUGUCUUACAUCCUGGCAGGAAUCAGAAGGUCAGGGCUGCCCUUUCUGCCGAUGUGAAAUUAAAGGUACCGAGCCCAUUGUGGUAGAUCCAUUUGAUCCCAGAGGAAGUGGCAGCCUGUUGAGGCAAGGAGCAGAGGGAGCUCCCUCUCCAAAUUAUGACGACGAUGACGAUGAACGAGCUGAUGAUUCUCUCUUCAUGAUGAAGGAAUUGGCUGGUGCCAAGGUGGAACGGCCUCCCUCUCCGUUCUCCAUGACCCCACAAGCAUCCCUUCCCCCAGUGCCACCACGACUUGAUCUUCUGCCACAGCGAGUAUGUGCUCCUUCAAGUACUGCUGGUCUUGGAACUGCUUCUAAGACCGCUUCUGGCUCCCUUCAUAAGGACAAACCAUUGCCAGUACCUCCCACACUUCGGGAUCUUCCACCACCACCUCCUCCAGACAGGCCAUAUUCUGUGGGAGCAGAAACUCGACCUCAGAGACGCCCUCUGCCUUGUACACCAGGCGAUUGUCCAUCCAGGGACAAACUUCCUCCUGUUCCCUCUAACCGCCUUGGGGACUCAUGGCUUCCUCGGCCAAUCCCUAAAGUACCAGUAGCUGCUCCAAGUCCCAAUGAUCCUUGGACAGGAAGAGAAUUAACCAACCGGCACUCACUUCCAUUUUCAUUGCCUUCACAAAUGGAACCCCGAGCAGAUGUGCCUAGGCUUGGAAGCACAUUCAGUCUGGAUACCUCCAUGAAUGUGAAUAGCAGUCCAUUAGUAGGUCCAGAGGGUGAGCACCCCAAAAUCAAACCUUCCUCAUCUGCUAAUGCUAUUUAUUCUCUGGCUGCCAGACCUCUUCCUGUGCCAAAAGUGCCACCUGGGGAGCAGUGUGAGAGUGCGGAGGACACAGAGUAUAUGACUCCUUCCUCUAGGCCUCUAAGGCUUUUAGACACAACCCAGAGUUCACGAGCAUGUGAUUGUGACCAGCAGAUUGAUAGCUGUACAUAUGAAGCAAUGUAUAAUAUUCAGUCUCAGGCGCCAUCUGUCACUGAAAACAACAGCACCUUUGGUGAAGGAAAUUUGGCUGCAUCCCAUACCAACACUGGCCCUGAAGAAUCAGAAAAUGAGGAUGAUGGGUAUGAUGUCCCUAAGCCACCUGUGCCAGCAGUGCUGGCCCGCCGAACUCUCUCAGAUAUCUCCAAUGCCAGCUCUUCCUUUGGUUGGUUGUCUCUGGAUGGUGAUCCCUCAACAAACUUCACUGAGGGUUCCCAGGUUCCUGAGAGGCCCCCCAAACCAUUCCCUCGGAGAAUCAACUCUGAACGGAAAGCUGGUAGCUGUCAGCAAGGUGGUGGUGCUGCUGCCACUUCUGCUGCCACCGCCUCGCCUCAGCUCUCCAGUGAGAUUGAGAAUCUCAUGAGUCAGGGGUACUCCUACCAGGACAUUCAGAAGGCUCUGGUCAUUGCCCACAACAACAUUGAGAUGGCCAAAAACAUCCUCCGGGAAUUUGUUUCUAUUUCUUCUCCUGCCCACGUAGCCACCUAGCACACCAUUUCUCUACUGCAGCUUUAGAGGACCAGGGAGCUGGGAGCUCUUACUCGGGUGGCACCUAGAAGGGCAGGGUUCCUUUUGGAGACUUCGCAGUGAAGUCUUACCCUCUCUGUGGGAUAUCACACCUGUGGUUCCAAGAUUUCAAAGCAGUGGAAUGAAAGUGGAGCAGCUAGUAUGUUUUAUUGUAUAGAUCUUGAGAGUGCAUUUGAAGGUGUCCUUCAGUUCCACUUAGAAGAGUGUGGAUUUUAUUACACGGUAACCUACCUGGGGAAUAGUGCAGAAAGCCGUAGAACAAAUAUUGUGCUGUAAAUCCUAAUUGAGGACUAAAAACUUCCCUGGGUUAAGGGUGUGUGUGUCUGUGUGUGUGUGUGUGUGUGUGUGUGUGUGUGUACACGUACGCACACAUGUGUGCGUGCUCUUCUGUCUGCCUGUGUUGUGUGUAUCCUUGUGAUUAUAAGAUUAACCUGCUGUGUGUGUUAAUCCCAGGUAGGGAAUUAGCACAAGAGGUUUAGGAAGGAAUCUUUUAAAGAAUUCCAUCUACUGUGGUAUUAGACCCAACCCUAGUGUGUAUUACAACUUCAACACUCCCCUUUGGCUUAGAUUAUCAUGUGCGAGUUAAAGUCUUAUAUUUUUAGAAUACCCUCCCUCUGUCCUUUCCCCUAUCAGCUCCUUCCUCUUCCUUCUUCUUGGUGUUCUGUCACUGGCAGUGAGCUUGCUGUGACCAGCCUUAUGGAGGCCCAGCAGCUUAUAGGUGUUCUUUAUUAUGUGUGAUGGAGUUGGUUUGUUUGGUAGGUAGGUGGGAGGAAAAGUACUGUUGCUAUAUCAUUGUAAUCAUGUUUGAUACUAGCAGCUAACACUGGUCACUCCAAAGUACUGUUUCUAUAGGAACGUUGAAUUUGUUAAGAUGUUUUAAUUAUCCUAAUUACAUAAUGACUGAUUUGAGAUAGAGGCCUUCAAAUACAUUCCAUGCCCUCCCCAGAAAAUAGUCUGUGGGAGUCAGUUGCCUUGGUGCCAGGUAUGUGUUCUGAUGUAGGUCAUGAGUCUUUCUACUUAAUGGGAAGGAAAGCAUUUGUUUCCAGGAUGACUUUCUGGCCAAGAUGCCACGAAGCUUUUAGGAAGUUUCAUUUACAUGCUAUUUAAAUGCACAAAAUAGCCAAUAAAGAUUAUUUGUUCAAUUUUUCUUCCCAGUGAAUUAGUUUCUGCUUAUGGGUGUCUUCCUUUGAACAUGAGUCAGGUUAAAUUUUCAGAAGGGAUUUUUUCUUUUCCCUUUAGGUAAUGGGACUAACACCCAUGGUAGCACAGCAUUUUGCUGAUAAUUAGCACCUUUCCUACAGUGGUGCCACUGGUGAUUUGAUUUCCUCUUGUGCCUAUGGCUUUGGGAAUGUAAUGUCUCUUUCUUCCUUUCCUUCCCUUUUCUUUUUCACAUUAGCUCCUAUGUACUGUCUUUAAUGACUCUUGUUCACAGUAAUUAGAUGACAUGUGGUGAAUACUUUACUAUAUAAAGACAAUAUGAGGUAGAGACUGGCAGCAUGUAUAAUUGCAAGUUCAUAAAGAAGACUGAGAGUCCAGUUUGGAGAGCCAUUAGUUAAUAAUUCCCCUUUUCCUUUCUGUGUGUGAGUCAGAGUCUCACUCUGUUACCCAGGCUCAUGUGCAGUGGCAUG